AUGCCUCAGAAUGACCUCGAAGUAGGGCCAUCUCUUCCCCAUCAGCAGCUCGCAAUUCUGAGAGCACCAAGCAUCCUUUUCUCGCCACGCAAGCCGUCUGGAGCCGCCUUUACGAUCAACUCCAAAGAUUGGUAUGACGAAAACUACGACCCAGGCUCCAAAAAUAAAGACAGUAUGUCUAGAACCCCGAGAAGAUCAGAGGACAUCUGGGAGACUGUGUAUGGUACUGCAGGGGCCGUGUAUGGUGUUGCCAAAGUCUUUGUUGCUUUAUGUCGGAGCUUCCGAAUUGAUCUCCAUAUGCCUACUGCCGGAAUGUUGAAUUUCAUCGACAAGGCGGAGGUUCUGCUGAGAAACGGUUCCGUCAUCGACUUUGUCUUCACGAUUGAGGACCUGUAUUCUAGCCUUUAUGCACGACUCGAGGUUGAAAUCGCUCUACUUCAUUUUUGCGCUAUGUUUGGUAUAAACGACGGUAAAGCAUGGCGCAGAACAGACCCAACAUUACCCGAGCCUGGCCACCUCUACACUAUCAUGACUGCUUGCCAGCAAGUACUGACUGAUAAAUCUGUCUGUUCGACAUUCGACGACCACUUAGUCAAGUACCACCAGCGUCGCUUUGUUGAAGAGAUGACUAGAAAAUACCAGGUCGACGGAACACUGCCUCCUGAUUCCACUGGCUAUCGCGCCCACGCCGAUGAAAUUAUCCAAGAUGCUGGCUCGCUAGCCUUUCGUCAUUGGUGUAAAAUCUUUCCUGAAAUGCGAUUUCUGCCUAUCGGAAUUCUGGCAUUUUUGUCAGAGAAAUACGUCUCAAUUUACCCUCGUCCCCUUUCUCAAAACAGUCAGAUGAAAAUCAAUAUAUCAUUCGGCAAUAUUGAGCCAGAAAACAAAUCUGCAUGGGAUAAGGACAUGAUCCGUGCUCAUCGUCUUUGCACCUUGGCUCAAAUUGAGGGCAAAUCGGUUGGAGAAUUGCGGCGGGAGGAAGAACCUUCCAACGUGCUGCGAUACGCAAGUGAACGGAAAUGCGUCUGUCUCGAAAUAUGCACCUGCUCCAGAUUGUGUACCAAGUUUGCGAGCACGCUAUGUCCUUGUUCGUUCCGCUGGGUGCGAGGAAUUAUGAUCCAUCGCCCUGAAUAUGACAUCGGCUACUAUGAUAAAAGCACCAUCAUGGGAGAACUCACAUACGAAUCCCUGGCGGCGCUGCAACGCGACAAACCUGAGGAUGUAGUACGCCGAGAGCUCUACGGAGGUAUCAAUGUUAUUAGGGAGGAAAUGAUCAAGCAUCACAUGGCUUUUCAAACCGGCGAAAUCGAUAUUCUACUGGUAUCAUGA